AAUUAAAUCAAUGUACAAACGUGCACAUUUCAUUGUCUUCGUAUCUCAUCUCACUUUGCUCGCCGUUUCAGUUUUCACAUAAGAGUCUUAGUAUCACCUUCUUCUCCAUUAUCCAGACCUCUAGUCUCUGCUGCAUGCCACCACCAAAUCAGCAGAAAAUUAGACGAAAAACCCACCUCAAAAAUGUCGAAAUAUCUCCAUUUCUUCACGUUUCUUCUCUUCGUUACCUUGCACUUUUUCCAUGGCAAUGCACAAAAUGUUACCGCUCAAGAACAUACCAUUCUUCUUCAACUGAAAAACUACUGGUCCAGUUUAACCAGUAUCACUCACUGGAUUCCGUCAUCCGACCACUGCACGUGGCCGGAGAUCACGUGCACCGAUGGCUGGGUCACGAAACUCGAGAUCAUCAAUAACACACUUGGUGAAACGAUCCCAACAUUUAUUUGUGACCUUAAAAACCUGUCCUAUAUUGAUCUUCACCUGAAUUUCAUCCCUGGAUCCUUUCCUGUUGUUCUUUAUAACUGUUCUAAUCUCGAAUAUUUAGACCUUCAACAAAAUUAUCUUGUUGGAAGAAUUCCUGAUGACAUUAACCGCCUUUCACCCCGGCUUCAGGUUCUUAACUUGAGUGGCAACAAUUUCACUGGUGAUAUCCCUGCAUCCAUUGGGAGCUUCCCAGAACUCAAAAGUCUUCAGCUUUCGUCCAACUUGUUCAACGGUUCUAUUCCGUCAGAAAUUGGCAAUCUUUCCAAUCUUGAAGAAUUGAAUUUGAACUUCAACCCUUUUUUACCACAAGAAAUACCACCAGGUUUCACAAAGUUGAAGAAAUUGAGAAAUCUCUGGAUGUAUAUAACAAAUUUGGUAGGAGAAAUCCCUGAAAGUGUUGGGAAUUUGUCAGCUUUAGAAGUCCUGGAUUUGUCUGAAAAUGGUUUAAGUGGAAGCAUCCCAAAUUCUCUGUUUCUUCUGAAGAAUUUGACUACUGUGUAUCUGUUCAAAAACAGGUUAUGGGGACCAAUUCCUCAGGCUGUUGAGGCCUUGAAUUUGGAGGUAAUUGAUCUUUCCAACAAUUCCUUGACAGGGACGAUACCACAUGAUUUCGAAAAGCUGACAAAACUUACCGGUUUGGCUUUAUUUUUUAAUCAAUUAUCUGGUGAAGUUCCAAUAGGUAUCGGUAGAUUGCCAUCUCUAACAAAUAUUGGACUCUGGAGUAAUAAUCUUACGGGUGAAUUGCCACCAGAUUUUGGGUUAUACUCCAGGCUGGAAAGAUUUCAAGUUUCAUCUAACCAUUUUGUUGGGACGUUACCAAAGAAUUUGUGCGCUAAUAAGGUCCUUAUAGGUGUGGUCGUCUUCGACAACAAUUUGACAGGUGAACUGCCAAAUUCUCUAGGGAAUUGUGACAGUUUGGAGGUUGUUAGGGUUUAUGGAAACCGAUUUUCUGGUAAUAUUCCAGGAGGACUGUGGACAUCAUUGAAAUUAGAUACUCUGAUGAUGAGCGAUAAUUUGUUUACGGGUCAGCUUCCGGAUACAGUAGGCCCUAACUUGUCCCUGCUCGAGAUACAUAACAACCAGUUUUCGGGUGAAAUUCCAGCAGGGAUAUCUUCUUGGAAGAACUUGAGGGUGUUUGAGGCAAGUAACAACUUGCUUACUGGUAAAAUUCCUCAAGAAUUGACUGUUCUUCCAUUGUUGUCGAGUAUUUUGCUCGAUGGAAAUCAACUUUCUGGAAAUCUUCCGUCAACUAUAAUCUCGUGGAAAUCUUUAACGAAUUUGAAUCUCAGUCGAAACCAAUUGUCUGGCAAAAUUCCUGCAGUAAUCGGGUUUUUACCUGACCUCGUAUAUUUGGAUUUAUCAGCAAACAACUUUUCUGGUUCGAUCCCAUCUGAAAUUGGCCUUUUGAGGCUAUCUUCACUCAAUCUCUCUUCAAAUCAGCUCUCCGGGAGAAUCCCGGGUGAAUUUGAAAACGCAGUUUAUGAUCGCAGUUUUAGAAAUAAUCCAAGACUCUGUGCAAGCAAUCCAGCAUUAGGCCUCAGCAGUUGUCAGGCUGCACCUGCCAGAAAAUCGAACAAACUUUCAUCCCACUUAAUUGCUGCAAUCUCGAGUAUUUCAGCAGUUGCCUUUUUAGUGGUUUUCGUAUACACAAUCUUAAUUUUUAAAGCUAACAGGAGGAGAAAGAGCGAUCUGGAGUCGACUUGGAAAUUUACUUCAUUCCAGAGAUUGAAUUUCACAGAAUCAACCAUUUUAUCCGGUUUAACAGAGAACAACAUAAUUGGAAGAGGAGGAUCAGGAACAGUUUUCCGGAUUCCCAUAAAUCGUUCUGGUGCUUACGUUGCCGUUAAGAGGAUCUGGAACAAUGUGAAGUUGGAUCAGAAACUCGAGAAUGAAUUUCUAUCAGAAGUUCAAAUUCUUGGCACCAUAAGGCACUCCAACAUAGUGAAACUUCUAUGUUGCAUUUCAAGUCAGAAUUCGAAGCUUCUGGUCUACGAGUACAUGGAAAAUCAUAGUCUCGACAGAUGGCUUGGUGGCAAGAAUCGACAAUCCACAAUCUCAGGUUCAGUUCAUCAAGUGAUUUUAGACUGGCCUAAGAGGCUACAAAUUGCAAUUGGUGCUGCUCAAGGGCUCUCCUACAUGCACCACGAUUGUUCCCCUUCCAUCAUCCAUCGUGAUGUAAAAUCGAGCAAUGUCCUGUUGGAUUCCGAGUUCAAUGCAAAGAUUGCAGAUUUUGGCCUAGCACGAAUGUUGAUCAAGCACGGAGAACCUGACAUGAUGUCUAGUGUGGCAGGAUCAUUCGGUUACAUAGCUCCAGAGCAUGCACAUACGAGAAGAGUGAACGAGAAGAUUGAUGUUUAUAGCUUUGGAGUUAUCCUUUUGGAACUAGUGACCGGAAGGGAAGCUCAUGAUGGAGACAAGAUGUCAUCUCUGGCAGAAUGGGCGUGGCGUCACGUUAUUGAAGGUCGACCUAUAGUCGAGGUCAUGGACGAGGAUAUUAAGGAACCCCAUUACUUGGAUGAGAUAAGCAGUGUAUUCAAACUUGGGGUUCUCUGCACUGGAAAACUUCCUUCGAAAAGGCCUACGAUGAAGGAGGUUUUGCAAAUCUUGCUCCAAUAUAGCCAUUCGUCGCUGCACAGAGAAGAAAAGAUGAAUAGAAACGAGUACGAUGUUGCUCCUCUCCUCCAGAACUCGAAGCCCGAGAGGAAACUCGAAGCCGACGACAGUGUUUAACAUCAGUCGUACGAUGAAUGCUGAUAGUGACAGUUCUUUCACAGCACUUAGCUUAUAUGUAACUAGACAAAUCCCUGUUACGGGGAUUUAUAGAUAUUAUACAAAAAAGUAUAUAAUGCAUACAAAAAUUAAGCAAUUGCUUUUAUGAAUGGAAUCUUUAAAAUUCACAAGUCA